UUUAUAGAGGAAUGAAAGAUUUAGGAGGUGGAAUUUAUUAAAACUAGGCUGCGAUUAUUUUUAGGCAUAUCGGCUGAAAGGACGAAAGCCUGGCUGAUUGUUGUUAGGGUUGGGGACCAGAGAAAUUUAAUUCCCUCACUGAGGCGAACAUUUGAAUCAUAUUUUGUGUCUUAUCGUCUGACAACAAACUUUGAAAAAUGAGUCAAGAUGGUAUUUCGCCACAUGUUAGUGGCUCUGUUCUGUUUGAUUCACUUGGUUUAUCACCGGAGAAAAGAUUGGGCAAAAUACGCAGAAGCACUGUCGGAAUGCUGGCCUUGCAAGAGACAAUAAAGGAAAAACAGGCAAGACACAGAGAAGCUAGGGAGAGAAGAAAAUUGAAACUUGAUCAAGCACAUCGAUACCUUAUUGACAUCUUGGCUGAAAGACUGCAGUUGCCGAAAAGUGAUGUUGAGGAAUUUAUUUUGGAUUCCUUAUCUCUUCAACCUUAUGAUGAUUUCUUUUCGAAAGGAGGCAGAAAAUCACUUAUAUAUAUAUACCAAGAAUCUGACCCACCAGGAAUAGACAGUGGACGAAUUAUUGCUGGAAUUCCUAAAGGGAGCAAAAUGAUGAGGUUGUUCCUGGGCAAUUUAUCUGAUGUUCGUUUAAAUGGUCUGUGCUUGUUCUUUGUGCGGUACAAAAAUGAUACUCCUAUCACAGCAAGAAAUAUACACGAGGAAGCAUCUUUUUGUGUCAUGGAUUGCAGUGAUGGAGUACUUUCUGGUGCUGCGACUUUGCUGGAAAAUAUUUUCUUACCAGCCAUUUCUGCAUCUGGAAACUGGGGUGCACUUAACCAGUACGUGCUGGCACAAAGUAAUCAAGUGAGAAAAGAGGCAGAAAAUUCAGGUCCACUCACAGAACUGGAACAUUGGAAAUGUAUGUCUGCUAAAUUCAAUUCCAUCAUCGAACAGCUCAGAGGACAACAUUGCAAGGCAGUAAUCAAUGUUUUAAAAGGAAGUCAGUCAAAAAUGUUAAAGAUGUGGCGAAAGCUGGAUUCUGAAAUCACUGAUGCAGCUAAUGGGGCAAAGGACAAUGUGAAGUUUCUGCAAGCAUUGGAGAAAGUCUGUGAGCCACUUUACAAUUCUGAUCCAGUGUUAAUUAAUGUGGCUUUAACAGAGACUUCUGACUUUGACAUCAGGGCUAUGGGUAUUCUGGACUUCCUGAAAUGUGCUGGUGAAAGCAAAGAAUGUAAAAAAUUGUUAGCAGAAUAUCGCAAAUAUUUUCAGAGUACUAAGAAGCAAACAACUGAAACAGUGCGAGAUACUCCAUUUGAUGUGUCAGAAAUGUACAUAUUUGGUAAACUUGAUGUCUUCUGCAAGAGACUAGAAAAGAUCACAGAAAUGGUUGAAACAUCAAAGACAUUUUCUGCAUUGAAGAAUUCUACAAUUGAAGGAAUUGAGAUACUCGCAAUAAAAUACCAGAAUAUCUACUUAAAUCUCAAAAAAAGCAAUUAUGACAUUUUGGAUCCUCGAAAGAAAGAAUUUAAUUCAGAAUAUGCCCUGUUCAUGAAGCAAAUAUUUGAUUUAGAGAACUUACUUGAUGACUUCAUGAGUAGCUGUUUUGCCAAAAUCAUUUCUUCACGGCAUGCUUUACAACUUUUGCAGAGAUUUCAGAAAUUGAAUAUACGAUCCCUUGAGUCAGAAAUUGAAGUUACGGUUGAACGUAUUCUUCAACACUAUUUUGGAGAGUUAAUGACCAUACAAAAACAUUACCAGGCCUGUAAAGAGAAUCCACCACUUGCGAGAAACAUGCCUCCUGUAGCUGGAAAGAUAUUAUGGGUGCGACAGCUCUUCAGACGUAUAUUUGAACCCAUUGACUACUUCUAUAAAAAUUCUGACAUUCUUAGAAGUCCACAAGGCAUCUCCAUCGUGCAUAUGUACAACAAAAUCGCUUAUGUACUGGUGAAGUUUGAAGUGUUACAUCAUAAGGCAUGGACAAAAGAAAUUUCAACUGUACAAUAUUGCCUGCAUGCAACUCUUCUGAUACGUGAUCCAGAUACUGGGAAAAUGCAAUCAAACUUCGAUCACAGAAUUAUUGAGCUUAUUCGUGAAGCUAAAUGUAUGAUAAAAAUGGGUCUGGAUGUGCCCGAGAUAGCCAAACGUUUGCUAAAGUGUGAAAAUGCAUUGAAAUCUAAUUAUGAUCUUUUGAAGUCUACUCUUCAAUUAUUUGAGAGUGUGUGCCAAGGAAUUCCGUCUGAGUAUGUGACACUGAUAACACCAAAAAUUAAUAAGAUUGAAUCUGUUCUGAGACAGGGAGCUGCCUCACUGAAUUGGUCAUCAAUAAUACUUGACCAAUUCUUCUCUGAUGUGAAUUCAGCCAUAGAAGAGUUGACUUCAUUGCUCAAGACAAUUGCUGAUUUGCGAGACGUGCAUAUUGAUGCAGUAUUGGAUGAAAUAGCCAAAAAGGUUAUCAUCAAUUUACCAGAGGAUCAUUCAUUAUCUUUGGAAGAAAUGCUUAGAUUCAAUGAGGCUUGCUGUGAAGAAUGGGCAGAAACUUUGGCCCCAAAAAGCAAAUAUCUUGAAAAAACUGUGGACAAACUGGUGGAAAUAUUUGUAGCAAUCUCUGACAGCGUGCUAAUUAAUGAAAAUGUAAAGCCUGCACCAGAACCAGAACGUAGACGAGUUGGAUUUUCAGGGGAUAGUGAAGAAGAACCUGAAUCUUUAGUGGUCCACAGCCCUGUUAAAAUAGAUGUUCAGCUGAUCAAGAAAAGUGAGGAGUUUGAAAAGGAUGUUAAAGAUCUUUACGCAUAUUUUAGCCAUCAUUUCAUUGAUGCCUUAGUGAAAUGUACAUCAUUGUCACUAGAUACACUGAAAAGAAGAAUAUUCAAGGGGACCUUUGGCUACUCAAGCAGUUUUGAGGAAUUUCCUCCCUUUUUGAAGGCUGAAGUGCUCUUGGCAAUUCCAAAUGUGGUUAUGGUACCAAAUCUGGAUGAUAUUCAGCAUGCAAUUAACAGGACAAUCCAGAUGGUUUUGGAUGUGAGCCGUAAGGUGCUACAUUGGAGGCAAUCAAAAAAUCACCAGGAGAAUGCUGAUGAUGCACAAAACAUUGAAGGUGCUUGAAAAAAAGGACAAAAGGAAGAGAGCAGUCAAAGUGAACAUCAACCCAAAAGAAAGUUGAAGAACUUCUAUCACAAUGUAGCAGAACACAAAGAUGUAAACAAAUUAGUCGCAAUACUGUCUGCUUCUGUCACCUCAUUGAGGGAUACCAUCACCAGUUCACUAGAACGUUUUCAAAAAUUUAAGAUGUUAUGGAUAGAAGACAGAGACACAACAAUUAAGAAAUUCAUGGAUCGGAAUCCCAGUCUGUAUGAAUUCCGAUCAGAAAUAGAGUUCUAUGCUACUUUCCAACAAGAGAUUGAGGAACUACCCUCCAGCAUUAUAUUAGAUUUUAUUGAACUGGACACAGAACCCAUGAGAAUGGCCCUAUUGGUGGAGGUCAAAAGUUGGAUAAUGUUACUUUGUCGGUUCUUGAAUGAACAAUACAAAGAAAAAAUGUCAGCGAUAUCAACAUUUGUCAGUGAACAAAUGAAAAAUUUGGCACGACCUAUUCAGGAUUUGGAUGAUGUUAGGUUUGCAAUGGAAUCUUUAGCAGAAAUACGAAGAAAUGAGAUACAGAUGGAUAUGACUUUAGGACCAAUUGAGGAAGCAUAUACAAUCCUGAAUAAGUAUCAAGUCGAAAUUUCAAAGGAGGAAGCAGAAGGAUCUGACACUCUUACGUAUUCUUUCAACAAAAUGCAGGUCAAAGCUAGAAAUGUGCAGGAUGAAUUGGUCCAAGUCCAGCCCAAAUUUAAGUCUAGCCUGCUGGAGUCUGUAGAUGUUUUCCAGAAGGAAGUGCUCAAAUAUGGACGACAAUAUGAAAGGGAAGGUCCAAUGGUUGCAGGUAUUCCACCUGCAGAAGCCAGCACCAGAUUACAGAUCUUUCAGAUUUCCUUUCAUAAUCCGAAGGAGCUGGGGUUGCUGCAGAAAUUGUACGGUUUAUAUGAUGCAGUGAUGACUAAUAUUAAUGGUUACUAUGAUGUGCUGUGGUCUGAGCUAGACAUUGAGAAGAUUAAUGCUGAGCUUUUGGACUUUCAGAACAGGUGCCGCAGGUUACCCAAAGGCUUGAAGGAAUGGCAAGCAUUUCUGGAUCUGAAAAAGAAAAUAGAUGACUUUAGUGAAUCAUGUCCACUGCUUGAAAUGAUGUCCAGCAAGUCUAUAAAACAUAGACAUUGGGACCGGAUAUCUGAUGUAACAGGGCAUACAUUUAAUGUGACAUCAGAAACAUUCACUCUUAAAAAUGUUAUGGAUGCUCCACUGCUUCAAUUUAAGGAUGAAAUUGAGGAUAUCUGCAUAUCGUCUGUGAAAGAGAAGGAUAUUGAGGCAAAAUUGACACAGGUGAUGCAGACUUGGGUCGGUCAGACACUAAGUUUUUCAAUGUUUAAGUCUCGAGGAGAACUAUUGCUAAAAGGAGUAGAGACAGCAGAAAUCAUAACAAUGAUGGAAGAUAGUUUAAUGAUUUUGAACUCUUUACUCAGCAACAGGUAUAACACUUAUUAUAAGAAGGAUAUUCAGCUCUGGGUGCAUAAUCUGACAACAUGCACAACCAUAAUAGAACAGUGGCUUUUAGUUCAAAAUCUGUGGAUUUAUCUUGAGGCUGUCUUUGUUGGAGGAGAUAUUGCUAAACAACUGCCACAGGAAGCAAAACGUUUUCAAAAUGUUGAUAAAUCUUGGAUAAAAAUUAUGCAACGAGCUCAUGAAAUUCCAACAGUGGUUCAGUGCUGUGUGGGAGAUGACACGAUGGGACAGCUUUUACCCCAUUUACAGGAGCAACUGGAGGUUUGCCAGAAAUCCCUAACAGGAUAUUUGGAAAAGAAAAGGUUGCUAUUUCCUCGAUUCUUCUUUGUAUCAGAUCCAACUUUAUUGGAAAUCCUUGGACAAGCCAGUGAUUCUCACACCAUUCAGGCUCAUUUAGCAGGAAUAUUUGAUAAUGUAAAUAAAGUGGCUUUCCAUCCAAAGGAUUAUGAUCGAAUGUUGGCUGUCAUUUCCAGGGAAGGAGAGCAAAUUCAAUUGGAUACACCAGUGAUUGCAAAGGGUCCUGUGGAGAUAUGGUUAGGUGACUUACUGCGCGUGCAACAAGCAUCAUUGCAUACUGUGAUUAAAUUAGCAUUCUAUAGCUUCAGCGAACCAGAAUUCCAGUUAAUACCUUUCCUCUAUGAGGCUCCUGGCCAGGUAGGAAUUCUUGCAAUCCAGAUAAUAUGGACACGGGAUUCAGAGGAUGCAAUUAAACUUGCAAAAGACAGUAAAAAGAUUAUGCAAACAACUAAUCAGAAGUUCCUGGAUCUGCUGAAUGCCCUUAUCAGCCAAACAACACAUGAUCUGACUAAAUUUCAAAGAGUCCAAUUUGAAACUCUCGUCACCAUUCAUGUUCACCAGAGGGAUAUAUUUGAUGAGUUGGUAUGGUGCUAUAUCACUCUAGCUCAAGCUUUAUGGAUGAAUAUGGGGGCGGCUCCUGCUGGACCUGCUGGUACAGGCAAAACAGAGACUGUGAAGGACAUGGGCAAAGCUCUUGGAAAAUACGUAGUUGUUUUUAAUUGUUCUGAUCAAAUGGAUUUCAGAGGACUCGGCAGAAUCUUCAAAGGUUUGGCACAGUCUGGUUCCUGGGGCUGCUUUGAUGAAUUUAAUAGAAUUGAGCUGCCUGUAUUAUCAGUAGCAGCUCAACAGAUUUAUAUUGUUCUUGUGGCAAGGAAAGAAAGAAAACGAAAUUUUAUCUUCACCGAUGGAGAUAAUGUAUCACUGAAUCCAGAGUUUGGCAUUUUUAUCACAAUGAAUCCUGGUUAUGCAGGGCGUCAAGAAUUGCCAGAAAAUCUAAAGAUCCAAUUUAGGACAGUAGCAAUGAUGGUGCCAGAUAGACAGAUCAUUAUAAGGGUAAAGCUUGCCAGUGUUGGAUUUUUGGAAAAUGUAUUGCUGGCUCAGAAAUUCUUCGUACUUUACAAACUCUGCGAAGAGCAACUGACUAAGCAGGUUCAUUAUGACUUUGGCUUGAGAAACAUUCUUUCUGUCUUGAGGACUUUGGGAGCUCAGAAGAGAGCACGGCCGGAAGACAGCGAAUCAACAAUUGUCAUGAGGGUACUGAGAGAUAUGAAUCUGUCAAAACUGGUGGAUGAAGAUGAGCCCCUUUUCCUCAGCCUGAUCAGUGAUCUGUUCCCGGGUAUACAGUUAGAUAGUAGCACCUACGUGGAACUGCAGGCUGCUGUAGCCAAUCAGGUGGAAAUAGCAGGAUUAGUUAAUCACCCACCCUGGAAUCUCAAACUGGUUCAGCUAUACGAAACAGCCAGGGUUCGUCAUGGGCUGAUGACAUUGGGUCCUAGUGGCUCUGGGAAGACUUGUGUAAUUCGUACUCUUAUGCAUUCACUGACUGAAUGUGGAGCUCCUCAUCGGGAAAUGCGCAUGAAUCCUAAGGCUAUCACUGCUCCACAGAUGUUUGGACGACUGGAUCCUGCAACUAAUGACUGGACUGAUGGGAUCUUCUCAACACUUUGGAGGAAAUCUAUCAAGUCAAAAAAAGGUGAGAAUAUCUGGAUAAUCCUGGAUGGUCCAGUGGAUGCUAUCUGGAUAGAAAAUUUAAAUUCUGUACUCGACGACAACAAGACUUUAACUUUGGCUAAUGGUGACCGUAUUCCCAUGGCUCCUUCCUGCAAACUGCUGUUUGAAGUACACAACAUUGAGAAUGCAUCUCCAGCCACAGUGUCCAGAAUGGGGAUGGUCUACAUUAGCUCUUCUGCUCUUAAUUGGAAACCAAUUUUAAAGGCGGUACUUUUGACUGGAGAACAGGGAACCGCAAAAACAGUCAUGAUUAAAGGCUAUCUGAAGAAAUAUGAUCCUGAAGAACAUCUGUCCAAGAGUUUGAAUUUCUCAUCUGCCACAGAACCCUACAUGUUCCAGAGAACUGUUGAAAGUUAUGUAGAAAAACGUGUGGGGAGUACAUAUGGGCCACCAAGUGGACGGAAAAUGACAAUAUUUGUUGAUGAUAUCAACAUGCCUGUUAUCAAUGAGUGGGGAGAUCAGAUCACUAAUGAAAUAGUGCGUCAGAUGAUAGAGAUGCAUGGAAUGUACAACUUGGAUAAACCAGGAGACUUUACAAAUAUUGUUGAUGUACAACUAAUGGCUGCAAUGAUUCACCCAGGAGGGGGACGCAAUGAUAUUCCACAGCGGUUAAAGAGGCAGUUCACAGUCUUCAACUGUACUCUACCUACUGAUGCUUCAAUUGACAAAAUCUUUGGAAUUAUUGGAAAUGGAUACUUUCACCCAGCAAGACUCUUUACUUCUGAAGUCACUGACAUGAUAACAAAACUUGUUGUCACAAGCAGAGUCCUUUGGCAGUGGACAAAGGUGAAAAUGCUACCCACUCCAGCUAAAUUUCAUUACAUCUUUAAUCUGAGGGACCUAUCUCGCAUCUGGCAAGGAAUGUUGAACAUAAAGUCUGAAGAAUGCUCUGAUCUGGAGACACUCCUGGCUUUGUUCAAACAUGAAUGUACCAGGGUCAUUGCAGACAGAUUUGUAAGUCAAGAAGACAAAGAUUGGUUUGAAAGUGCAAUUGCUCGUGCAAUUGAAAAAGUUGUUGGAAGAGCAGUAGCAGAGAAGAUUCAUGAAGAGCCGUACUUUGUUGAUUUCCUUCGGGAAAUGCCAGAGCCAACUGGUGAUGAGCCUGAAGAUUUUGUCUUUGUUGUUCCAAAAGUCUAUGAAAUGAUCCCAAGCUAUGAAUUCCUGACUGAAAAGUUGCAAUUUUAUCAGUCACAACAUAAUGAAAGUGUCCGGUCGGGCUUUUUUGAUCUAGUCUUCUUCAAGGAUGCAAUGACGCACUUGAUGAAAAUAUCACGUAUUAUCGGUAUGGAUUGUGGAAAUGCUUUGCUGGUAGGAGUUGGAGGUUCUGGAAAACAAAGCUUAACAAAGUUGGCAUCAUAUAUUGCUGGAUAUAAAAUCUUUCAGAUCACUUUAACCAGAGCAUACAAUGUUGGCAAUCUAAUGGAUGACUUGAAGAUAUUGUACAGAACAGCUGGGGCAGAAGGCAAGGGAAUCACUUUCAUAUUCACUGAUAAUGACAUCAAGGAGGAGUCCUUUCUUGAGUAUCUCAACAAUGUGCUUUCUUCUGGAGAGGUAUCAAACUUAUUUGCUCGGGAUGAACUUGAUGAGAUUACUCAAUCCCUGAUUGCACCAAUGAAGAAAGAAGCACCUCGCAUUCCUCCUACUUUUGACAAUUUAUACGACUAUUUUAUUAACAGAGCUAGAACAAAUCUACAUGUUGUCCUCUGCUUCUCUCCGGUUGGUGAAAAGUUUCGAUCACGUGCACUAAAGUUCCCUGGUCUGAUCUCCGGUUGCACUAUGGAUUGGUUCAGUCGCUGGCCCAGAGAAGCAUUGGUGGCUGUCUCACGCUACUUCCUUUCUGGAUUUUAUAUUGCCUGCUCAGCCGAGGUCAAAACCCAGCUGGUAGAAACAAUGGGUCUCUUUCAUGACAGGGUUUAUCAAACAUGUGAAGACUAUUUUCAGAGAUAUCGACGAAGAACACAUAUAACUCCCAAAUCUUACCUUGCCUUUAUAAAUAGCUACAAAUCUGUUUACACAGAGAAACAUGCAAACAUCAAUGAUCUAGCAGAACACAUGCAACUGGGUCUCUCCAAGCUUCUAGAAGCAACAGAAUCUGUCGCUGUCCUCGCAAAAGAACUAGCACAGAAAGAAAAGGAGUUGGCAGUGGCUUCGCGUAAUGCAGAUAAGGUUCUGGGAGAGGUCACAGUGAGUGCUCAAGCAGCAGAACUGGUCAAGAAUGAAGUCAUGCUAGUGAAAGAUAAAGCCCAGAAAAUUGUGGAUGAAAUCGAACUGGACAAAAAUAUAGCAAAGGGCAAACUAAUAGCUGCAAAGCCAGCUCUAGAAGCUGCAGAGGCUGCUCUGAAUACAAUAAAACCUGCUGACAUUUCUACUGUGCGGAAAUUAGCCAAACCACCUCACCUGAUUAUGAGGAUUCUUGACUGUGUGCUCAUUCUCUUCCAAAAAAAAAUGGAUGCAGUCACCAUGGACCCUGAAAGACCCUGUCUCAAACCAUCCUGGGGCGAGUCUUUAAAGUUGUUGAGUGGCACUGGCUUUCUCCAGGCCCUGCAGCAGUUUCCAAAGGACACCAUCAAUGAUGAAACAGUAGAGCUUCUCCAGCCAUAUUUCAUGAUGGAAGAUUAUACAUUUGAACAUGCUAAGAAAGUCUGUGGGAAUGUUGCUGGCUUGUUAUCCUGGACUCAAGCUAUGGCUUCUUUCUUUGCAAUCAACAAAGAGGUGCUGCCUCUCAAGGCUAAUUUGGCAGUACAAGAAAACCGCCUCCAACGGGCCAUGAAGGAGUUGGGAAGUGCCCAGGCACAGCUGGAUGAGAAGCAAGCUGAGCUCGACAAGGUACAGGCCAAGUUUGAUGCUGCCAUGAAGGAGAAAAUGGGGACUCUCAUGAGGACAACAGAAAUGUCCUCAUUGCACACUCCAAGAGAUUCAUUUUACCUACUGACUCAUUGGACACGCUGGCUUGUCACCAACCAAAAUGAAGAAGGGUUGGUGGGAGAUGUGCUGUUGGCUACUGGAUUUCUCUCAUACAGUGGUCCUUUCAAUCAAACCUUCAGAGAUAUAUUGUUUAAAGUAAUUUGGGAAGCAGAAUUGCAGAAAAAGAGAAUACCCUAUACAGACAGUAUGAACCUCAUAAGCUUUCUGGUGGAUCAGCCUACGAUCAGUGAGUGGAACCUGCAAGGUUUACCAAGUGAUGACCUAUCAGUUCAGAAUGGCAUCAUUGUUACCAAAGCAACCAGGUAUCCACUUCUCAUUGACCCUCAAACACAGGGUAAAACCUGGAUCAAGAGGAAGGAGAAAGAUAAUGAACUACAGGUAACAUCACUUAACCACAAGUAUUUCCGGAAUCACCUGGAGGAUUCUCUAUCACUUGGACGCCCUCUGCUAUUGGAAGAUGUGCAAGAAGAAUUGGAUCCUGCAUUGGACAAUGUGUUGGAGAAAAAUUUCAUAAAAUCUGGGACCUCCUUUAAGGUGAAAGUGGGAGAUAAAGAAACUGAUGUCAUGGCUGGAUUCAUGUUCUACAUUACUACAAAACUUCCAAACCCAGCCUACACUCCAGAAAUUAGUGCCAAGACAUCCAUCAUUGACUUCACCGUAACCAUUAAAGGUCUUGAGAAUCAGCUGCUUGGACGAGUGAUCCUUACAGAGAAACAGGAAUUGGAAGCAGAGCGUGUGCAGCUAAUCGAGGAAGUCACUGCCAAUAAACGCAAAAUGAAGGAUUUGGAGAAUAACCUGUUAUUCAAGCUCAGCACCACCAAAGGUUCACUGGUGGAUGAUGAGUCUUUGAUUGGAGUCCUUCAGGUAACCAAGACAACAGCAACUGAAGUAAGUGAGAAGCUGCACGUGGCAGCAGAGACGGAGAUAAAGAUUAACACUGCACAGGAAGAAUACCGACCAGCAGCUACUCGUGGGAGUAUUCUGUAUUUCCUCAUCACUGAAAUGAGCAUGGUUAACAUGAUGUACCAGACCUCACUUGCACAAUUUCUGAAAUUAUUUGACCUCUCUAUGGCAAGAUCUAAGAAGUCACCAGUUGCUUCAAAGAGGAUCAGCAAUAUUAUUGACUACUUGACCUAUGAAGUCUUUAAAUAUUCAGUGCGUGGUCUUUAUGAAACUCACAAGUUCCUUUUCACUUUAUUGCUGCCUCUGAAGAUUAACCUUGAGCGAGGUUACAUCAAGCACAAUGAAUUUCAGACCCUUAUAAAAGGUGGCGCAGCUCUUGACCUAAAAGCUAGUCCACCAAAACCCUUCCGCUGGAUCCUUGAUAUGACCUGGUUGAACUUGGUGGAGCUGAGCAAACUCUCUCAGUUUGCAGAGAUAUUGACCCAGGUAUCUAAGAAUGAGAAGGUUUGGAAAGUCUGGUUUGACGCUGAUGCUCCAGAAGAAGCUCAAAUUCCUCACGGAUAUAGUGACUCUUUAGAUUCAUUCUGCAAGCUAUUGCUUAUCAGGUCUUGGUGUCCUGACAGGAUUCUCUCUCAAGCUCGAAGCUACAUUUCUGAGGCAAUGGGAGCAAAAUAUGCAGAGCCAGUGAUUCUAAACCUGGAGACAACCUGGGAAGAAAGUGAUGAACUAACUCCUCUGAUCUGUUUCCUGUCCAUGGGAUCUGAUCCCAGCAAUCAGAUUGAAGGACUGGCCAAAAAGCUUGAAAUUGAUUGUAGGGCAAUGUCAAUGGGUCAAGGACAAGAGGUUCACGCCAGAAAGUUGGUGGCAUUAUCUAUGCAUCAGGGUGGCUGGGUUUUACUGCAGAACUGUCAUUUAGGAUUGGAAUUUAUGAAUGAGCUGUUAGAGACCUUACUCACAAGUGAAAAUGUCCACGAGUCUUUCCGAGUGUGGAUAACCACUGAACCACAUCCGAAGUUCCCAAUCACACUACUCCAGACAUCCAUCAAGUACACUAAUGAGCCUCCUCAGGGAGUGCGGGCAGGAUUGAAAAGAACAUUCACUGGAAUCACUCAGGACCAAAUAGAAUAUUCGAAUCUACCCAUGUGGAGACCACUAUUGUAUGCAGUUGCUUUCCUGCACACCACAGUCCAGGAACGGCGUAAAUUUGGCCCACUGGGAUGGUGUAUUCCAUAUGAAUUUAACUCUUCAGAUUUCACAGCCAGUGUCCAGUUCAUACAGAACCACCUUGAUGAUUGUGAUAAAAAGAAGGGAGUGUCAUGGAAUACCAUACGUUACAUGCUCGGAGAGGUUCAGUAUGGAGGCCGAGUCACGGACGACUAUGACAAACGCCUCCUCAACUGUUUUUGCAAGGUGUGGUUCAGUGAGAAGACAUUUGAUCCCAAGUUCAACUUCUACACUGAUUAUAUCAUCCCAAUCUGUGCCACAGUUGACAACUAUUUAGAGUAUAUUCAGACAUUACCUGCUGUUGACACCCCUCAGGUGUUUGGCCUACAUCCAAAUGCUGAUAUCACGUACCAGAGUAAUACUGCAGCCGAAAUUCUCAACACCAUCACCAAUAUUCAGCCAAAAGAAACUUCAGGAGGAGGAGGAGAGACUAGAGAAGCCAUUGUCUUUAAACAGGCCGACAGUAUGCUGCUAAAGCUGCCUCCUGAUUAUAUGCCGCAUGAGGUAAAAGCUCGCCUCCUAAAAAUGGGAAUUUUGAAUUCCAUGAACAUUUUUCUACGGCAAGAAAUUGAUCGAAUGCAGAAGGUUAUUACAAUGCUCCGAAACUGUCUGAAUGACUUAAAGCUAGCCAUAGAGGGGACCAUCAUCAUGAGCGAGAAUUUAACAGAUGCCUUGGAUAACAUGUACAAUGCCCGUGUACCCGGGCUGUGGAAGAGGAUUUCCUGGGAUUCCACUACUUUGGGAUUUUGGUUCACAGAAUUCCUAGAGAGAAAUGCACAGUUUUCUUCCUGGAUAUUUGAGGGCAGACCCAAUGUGUUUUGGAUGACAGGGUUCUUUAAUCCCCAGGGAUUCUUAACUGCUAUGAGACAGGAGGUCACACGUGCACAUAAAGGCUGGGCAUUGGACAGUGUCACUCUACACAACGAAGUAACAAAACUGAUGAAAGAUGAAAUCAAAAUACCACCCCCGGAGGGAGUGUACAUUUAUGGCCUUUACCUCGACGGAGCAGGUUGGGACCGGAGAAAUAUCCGACUGACUGAAUCAACUGCCAAGGUCCUCUUUACAAUGCUACCCGUCAUUUAUAUGUUUGCCAUCAAUUCCACUGCACCCAAGGAUCCAAAACUGUAUAUCUGUCCAGUUUAUAAGAAACCGCAACGUACAGACUUGAAGUUUAUUACUGCCCUCUGUCUGAAAACAGUCCAGCCACCUGACCACUGGAUCCUGAGAGGGGUGGCUCUGCUCUGUGAUAUCAAGUGAAACAGCAGAUGCUUAGAGAGAGUGUGUUUUAGCUCCUGCAUUUAUAUACAAUGCCUUAUAAAAUAU